GGAAACGAAGUAAAAUUUUUUUAAUGCGAUGAAAAUGAAUAGUCUGAGUCGCGUAGGAUAGUUUUAAGCUCUAAGUUGUUCUUUCGCAAGUUAUUUUUAAGUAAAUUAAAAUUUUAUAAAUUUAAUACUGGAUCAUGAAAGUAACCACUUCACAAGGUCAAUAUUGUAAUUAAAAAAUUCGGUUUUUUAUUUUUUGUCAAAAAUUGAAAAUAAAUCGCUACUAUUCUUUCAACGCGACAUGACUAAAGACAGAAAAUGUUUCUUCUUAAGUUGUUUAAGAGGACUGAGAAAAUCAUCUCAAUUAAUUUUAGUGAUUGUUGAUAGUAAAUGAAAUUUAUUCAUCAUGAGAGGAAAAUUUUUUAUUUUAGUUUUAAAAUGUCAUUUUAAUGUGUAGUGCCAGUGUGUCGUCACUGCACUUUUAUUUAACGACAUGCGGAGGUGUAUCAACAGAUAGAAUAGUUUAUGUGUGCGUUACUACGCGUAUCGCGUCUCAGUACAGACAUUUGUUUAUUUAAUAAGCAAUUUUUUAAAAUUUUUCAUCAAAUAUUAGUGGAAUUAAAUAAAAAAAAGUAUAAUAAAAAUCGAUUGAUACCGGUCAAGCUGAUGAAUUUGUCUUUGGCGGAAUUGUUAUAAUAGUAUUAGUGGGUUAAAAUAUAGUUUUAACAUAAAUCACGUAUAAUAAAAGUACAACAUAAGUUUGAAGAAAGGGUGCAUUUUUCGUUUGAAUUUUACUAUAACUGGACCUUGAAAAUUGAAAUUAGACUUUGUUUAAAUUGCCCCAAAAAAGAUACCUUGAAUAAUUGUACAUCCUAUAAAAUAAAAUGAAGAGUGCUUGGGAAACUAAGGAAGAUAAUAUUUGCGAAGAGUCUAAAUGCGAAAUUGUUUCAAAGUCCAUUGAGGACUCAAAUCAACAACUUGAAAAAUUAUUUUAUGGACCCAUAUAUGGAUCCAACCCGUUUGGUUCAGCGUUGAUCGAACAUGGGAAAAAUGUACCUGAUGCUGAGGCGAUUGUGUGGCUUGAUGUGAAAGGAAAAGUAACAGUUCGUGUACCGUUUCAUACAUUAGAACAACGAGUUCGAAACGUUGCUCACUAUCUUCAUUCGCGUAAACAUGUUGUUGCAGGAAACACAAUACUACUUUGUUUCCCUCCUGGAAUCGAGUUUGUAAUUGCGUUCUUGGCGUGUGUCACUUCAGGGCUCAUUGCAGUUCCAAUUUUUCCGCCUGAUUUGUCUAAAGGGGGCUCAGAUAUACCUCGUUUUUGUAAUAUGAAAGAGGAGUGCGGUGCUAGUCUUGUGCUUACAUCGCAGAGUUACUUGAGAAUGUCCAGAAUUCUUGGCGCGUUCGUUCAAGAUAAGAGAUGGACUACGCUUAAAUGGACAAUUUUUGAAGAAUGUGAAGUUGUUUUGAAAGAUAUUGACAAUUUUAAAUAUCCAAAAUUAUCUAAAGAUACUGUUGCAUUUUUACAGUACACUUCGGGAUCAACAGCGACACCAAAGGGAGUGGUUGUAACUCUUGGUACAUUGUUGCACAAUUGUUAUGCUUGUAUACGUAAUUUUUCAUUUCCAAGUUGGUUGGAUAAGCCAAACGGGAUCAGAGACAAAGAUGAUGUGACAUUGGAGGAUUAUGGCUUUUAUGAUGUUCGAGAAUUUUGGAAAAAGCGUCAAGAGAUAUCAUUAAAAAAUUUUAAACAUCGACUUCGGGUUUUCAGUUGGUUACCCGUUUAUCAUGAUAUGGGUUUGAUAGGGUUUUUAUGUACACCUAUUCUUUUCGGUGCAACGUUGUAUCAAAUGUCACCUCUAGAUUUUAUACGUAGACCUUAUGUGUGGCUAAAAGCAAUGUCACAAUAUAAAUGUGUAUGCUGCGCGGCUCCAAAUUUCGCUUAUGAAGUAGUUUGCCGGAAAAUGCCUGAGGAUGUAUUGUGUGAAUUAAAUUUAAGUCAUGUUUGUGGUUUUUUGUGCGGUGCUGAACCAGUACGUGGACUCACAAUCCAAAGGUUUUUAGAGAAAUUCCAAUCCUGUGGUGUAAAGGCUCAUAUGUUUUGUCCUGCUUACGGUUUAGCGGAGAAUACGUUAGUCGUUAGCGGACGUCAACGGUUUUUUGAUGAACCGUCUAUUUUUACUGUUGUUGCCGAAAAAUUACGCGUUGAAGGGAUCGCUGUUCCUGCGAAAAAUGUGGAUAGUUUAGAUGUUUGCCGUCCAGAUAUUCAAGUGUUGGUUGGUGUAGGAAGACCGUUUAGUCAUAUGGACGUUCGUAUUGUGAAUCCCGAAACAUUAGAGUUAGUGACUGAAGAUGGGGUGAGUGGUGAAAUUUGGGUUGCGGGAGCGUCGUUGUCAAAAGGAUACUUUCAAAAAGAACAACUGACUAACAAAGUUUUCAAGUGUUCCUUUAAAAUUACAAAAAAUAAAAGUGUUAAAUGGUCUCCUGAAAUAUACUUUAGGACAGGGGAUCUUGGAUUGUUCUUCAAAAAUGAGCUUUGUAUUGGUGGACGUUUGAAGGACAUGAUUAUUAUACGUGGAAAAAAUUUUUAUCCUCAAGAAAUAGAAAUAGCCUGUGAAGUCGUUUUAGCAAUACGGCCUGGUUCUUCAGCAGUGUUUUCUUUUGAAAGAAACGGCAAAGAAUUAGUUGGGAUAUGUGCAGAAGUUAGAGAAGGUGUUAAUAUUGAUAGUAAUUCUCGCGGUGUUUUUAGUUUUAUAUCAAAAGUUUUUUCGAAAAGAGCGGCCGAGAUGAAAAGAGACAACGAUAUCCUUGAUCACAUUUGUGUGGACAUUUUUAGAGAAGUUAUGAAACGCGUUGGAAUCAAAAUUUCAAUUGUUUGGCUUAUGACAGCAAAGAGUUUACCUAAGACAAGCAGUGGAAAGAUAAAGAGAAGUACAGUCAAAGCUAAAAUUUUAUCAGGAGAUACCGAGUGUGUUAUAUACGAAAGAGAUUUUGAGAAGAGAAAUAAUAGUGAUGAAAUCAGUAGCGAUUGUGUCAAUUUCUGUCCUCCUUGUAAAAGGGUGUUACCUAGUGCCACUGAGGAUACUAAUGAGUUAUAUAAAAGAGUUCAGUCCGUUUUGUAUCGUCAUGCACAAAAUAUAGUAAAAACGUCCGCAUAUAGUUUAGAGAAUCUUGAAGGUUGGGAUACACCUCUUUAUGAAUUAGGAAUGGAUUCUUUGUCAGCUGUAGAGUACUCCGAAUUAAUAUCAGAAGAUUUGAACGUUGAGUUAGAUCCAACAAUACUUUUUAAUUAUCCGACACUUGGAGACAUGGCAAAGUAUAUUGUCGAGCUAUUGGAGGUAAAAAUGUCGAAAAAAAAUAAUGACGAAGCAGCAAGCAUAAAAAAAUUGCCGAAAACAAUACUUUUUAAUAAAUUGAAAAAUAAACUAUGUAUUAUGUCGAUAGCGUGUAAGCUUCCUGGAAAUUCAAAUAGCCCAAGUGAAUUUUGGAAAGCAUUGCUUCAAAGUAGAGAUUGUAUUGUUUCAGUUCCAUUGUCGCGGUGGGACAUUGAUGAGUAUUUUGAUCCCGACCCGGAUAGUGAAGGAAAGAUGUAUAUAAGAGAAGGAGGAUUUAUUGAUGAAGUAGAAUUAUUCGAUGCAUCAUUUUUCCAAAUAAGUCAAGCUGAAGCGAAACAAAUGGAUCCACAUCAACGUCUUUUAUUAGAAGUCUGUUAUACGACGCUUCAUGAUUAUGGAUUUCGAAAAGAAACCUUGAAACGCACUGAUUUGGGUGUCUUUGUUGGGUGUUGUGCUCACGAUUGGAGUUACAUUUGUCAACAAAACCCUGAAACAAAAGUGAGUGUUUACACAACGACAAGCCAAGCGUCCUCAUUAUUAGCAAAUAGGGUUUCCUACGCAUUGGGCCUUUUAGGUCCAUCUCUUGCCGUGGAUACAGCGUGUUCGUCAUCCUUAGUCGCUUUGCAUAUUGCUGCCAAUGAGAUACGGCUUGGUCGGUGCAGUGGGGCGAUAGUUGCAGGGGUGAAUUUAAUGCUUGCACCAGAAGUCACAAUUGCGUGUUGUAAAGCGAGAAUGAUAGCACCUGAUGCUCGUUGCAAAACUUUUGAUAGUUCUGCUAACGGGUACGUUCGUGGAGAAGGCGUUGUAGCGUUGUUAUUAGUUCCAACGAGUGAUGCUUUUUCAAACGAUUUAUAUAUUAAUAAAAAUUGUCAAAAAUCCGAAAAUUGCAGAAAAAAAACGUCGGUUCAUAAAAAUGUAUGGUGCACUCUUAGCGGUACGGCAAUAACACAUGGAGGGAGAGCCGCAAGUUUAACGGCUCCCAAUGGUAUAGCACAAGAACGAGUGAUGUCGUUGGGGUUGGAAGAUGCUGGAAUUUCCCCUAAUGUUGUACGAUUUAUGGAAACACAUGGUACAGGAACAGCACUUGGAGAUCCUAUAGAAGUUGGUGCAAUAAAAAAUGUUUUUGGAAAAGAGUCAAGAAACACUCCUUUGGUGCUUGGAGCAGUAAAGACAAAUAUAGGUCAUUUGGAAGGUGCAGCUGGGUUGGCCGGUUUGGUUAAAGCGAUAUUAGUAUUGAAAAACCGUAGUGUUCCUCCAAAUCUUAACUUCCGAUGUUUGAAUCCGCAUAUUGAUUUAAAAAAUUUUUAUGCUGCUCUUCCAAGUGAAACAAUACAUUUUGAUAAAAAAGAAAAAGAAAUUUAUGCUGGAGUGAACUCAUUUGGAUUUGGAGGAACCAAUGUUCAUGUGGUUCUGGGAUUGCCAACGAAUCAAUUGAAGAGUGAUGCUGAAGAAGGCGAGGAUUUGGUGAAAUCGUUUCCCUUUAAAAAGGAGGAUAUUUAUGUUUCUACAAAUGAAAAAGAAUCAUUGAAUAUAUGUACUGACAUGUCGUUGAGAAGAGAAAAUGAAAAGAAUGCAUUUAAAGGUGUUUUAUGUGGUGACAUGUGUUCACAAGUCUCAAGCUCUAGUAGUCAAUGUUUCAAUGAUAUGUCAUCUAAUAAAUCGACAGUCAUAUCUACCAAUUCUAAAAGACUAGUAGAUGACUGUGAAACAACUGAAAAUGAUAGUUUAGAAUAUUUUGAAGUAGCGAAUGGUGGAUAUGCAAACGAUUUUCCGGUCUGUUUUAUCUUUCCACAUACAGAUGUUUCAUACUUUUCUGCGGGCCAUUAUUAUUAUGAAAAUGAGCCAACGUUUCGUGCAGCUGUUCUACAAUGUGAUGAGCUCCUCUCCUGUUCAAUUCCACAACCAUUAGUUUUGGUCAUGUUUGAUAUAAAGGAAGGGAGUUUGAAUGAGAACAACUAUAUGAAUCGGAAUCAAUUGAAAGAAAAAAUAAGACAAUUGAGAGAAAGUCAACUUUAUAACGAUCUGUGUGUAUUUGUGGUACAAUAUGCAUUGGCACAGUUGUGGAUGUCAAAAAAUGUCAUACCUGAUGCUUUGAUAGGUCUAAACGGUGGUGAGCUCGUUGCGGCCACUUUGUCUAAGAUUAUGACAUUAAAGGAAGCGCUGAGUGCAGUUGUGGCAAAAGCAAAGCUGGUUGAAAAAUUAAAUGAGCGGGGUGGGGUUGUAUCUUGUUGUUUGUUGACUGAAGAUGUUGAAUUAGCAAAGGCCGAAUUAGGACUUGAGUAUUUAACUAGUGUACGAAUAGCGUUCGAUUGCGGACCGAAUCGGUUACUUCUUUCUGGUGAACAAACAGAACUUGAAACAAUGUCACGAUUUUUAAACAAGACAUAUGCUAAAAAUGUUACUAGCGGGAUGAAAAAGUCUCAUGGAAUGCCAUGUUAUCUUUUGCGUUCAGUUAUACCAUGCCUUGCGAAUGACAUUUAUAAUCAUAUAAACCUUCAACCACCAUGCAUUCCUUUAAUAACUCCUGUCACGGCGGAACUUGUGACAAAGGAAGAAGCGGUAGAUCCACAUUUUUGGGCUCACAAAAUUAUAGCUCCGCUUUAUGUUGCACAAUGUAUCGAAAAGGUAAUAGAAUUAGGGUGUGGCUUUUUUGUUGAGAUUGGCGUGGGAUUUUCUAUAAAAAAUUUUGUGUCAUCACCGAAGUUGCAUGAGUUACAAUGGAUUAAUUCUCUACUGCCACCUUCACCACAAGAUACGAAUUUGUUCGAUAGUGUUGACAUGGAACGUAAAGAUAUGAUGCUAGGAAAAGAAGGGUGUGUUUUAAAAUCAGGCGUGGAUCAAUACAUAAAUUUUUGUAAAGCAAAAAGACGAAAAACGGAACAGUGUAUCAACAAUGUAAUGUACGAGAACGAAAAAAAAGAAUUUGGUAGUCUCUUCGUGAAUAAUUUAUUCAAACAUCAAAUUUUUUCUUGGGUAAAAAUACCACAUCCAUACAUUGCUCAAAAGUUUUCUUGUGAUACAAAAGACCAAACUAGGCAACAUUCCAAAACAAUUAAUCUCUGUGAAAAUGACAUGAAAUAUUAUAAUAUACCAUUUCCUAAUCGAACGCUAGGUUUAUACCUUGAUCAUGUUAUUCACGGGGUCGCAGUUUUUCCUGCAGCAGGAUAUAUUGAUUUGAUAGCACAAAUAUGUUCAACAGUGAAUAGCGACAAGUGUUUUGGUGAUACGGUUGUUAUAAGCAAUAUAAAUAUGCAGGUACCUUUAUUUUUAAAUAAAAAGUGCAGAAAUUAUUCCUUGUUGAAAGGAUGGAAGGAACAGCAAAACUCAGAAACUCGAAAUGAAGUCAAAUCAUGUGUGAACUCAAAGGAUGUUGUUUUGAAAACGCCAAAAAUAAAAAAAGGAUUUGAAAAAACCAGUCUAACUAUUGAUAAGUCUUUGAAGGAUUUCAAGCCAAAAAAUGUAGCUGGGAUGGAGACUACUGUAUUAGAUUUUAAUCUUUUGGUGACAUUAAAAAAAGAACAGGAGAAAUGUGUUGUUUGUAUAGCAAGUGAAGAAAAACAGUCUAUUGAUGGUGAAAAGACAGUUCAUUGUGAGAGUACUUUAUUUUUACGUGAUGCCCAAGAUAUGUGUUUAUCUUCUGUGGACGCGUCAUGGGCAACUGAGACGUUUGAAAAGGUGGAUGGUCAGGCUGUUGAUGGAUCCAUAAUUUACGAAUUACUUGAGAAAAAAGGUUUAUGUUACGGAAAGAAAUUUCAGACAUUAAAAAAAGUUUAUUUGAAAGAGAAUGGUGUUACAGCGUUUCUGCGUGUUGACGAAGAUAAGAUGACAAGGGAUGACAUUUACGAAAAGGGAUUUUACAUUCAUCCUGCACUUUUAGAUGGAGCCAUGCAGAGUACAGCUGCAUUAUUGUUAAACGAAAAGGAAAAAAUUAUGACAAAAACACCUUUUAUUCCGAUUAGUGUAAAAAAAGCAUUUUUAAAACGAAUUUCUAUGCACAACACAUUUUGUGUUAAGGUGAUUCUUAAGAAUCGCGUUCCUCAACAAAUUACAGUCGACGUUAGUAUGUAUUGCGAACAUCAAAAUGAGUUUCAUUUAGUAGUCAAAAUGGAAGAACUUGUUUUGAAAAAAAUUGAUGGAGUCGGAACAGCAUACCACGCACAAAUACCUAAAGACUUACUUUGGAAAGUAGAAUGGGAGCAAAUAACUCCUGUUUUAAAAAGUGCUUUAAUGGAAAGUCAAGGAAAGAAAAAAGACAACAUUUUGGUCAAAGAAGAAACGCGUUCCCUAGUUGUGUUUGUUAACGAUGUACCGUCAUCAACUCUCAACAUGCAUGACAAAGCAAUUACUUUAAAAGAAGAAGACGAUCAUUUAUUUAAAUACAUUGAUGUUGAGAAUGAUUUAGAGUUUUCAGGGCCAUUAUGUGAACAUGUUGAAAAUGCAGCGUGGAUUUUUUUUGUAUUUCGCUGUGAUGACACACGAAACGGAGAUGGUAAACACUUGUCAAAACAGACCUCAAAGUCAAUCAACAUUGUUUUAAAAUGGUUACAAAAAUUGGGGGUUUCAGAUAAAAAUGAGGGUCAUUAUGUCUUGAAUGUUGCAUGCGUAAGUCAAAAUGGUGUGUGUUUAAAUGAAUUAGACGAAGUACCAAAUCUUUUACAAAGUAUGUUUAUGGGGUUUUGUCGUUCUGUUCGACUCGAACUUGCAUCUUUCAAAAGAAAAAUCCGUUUAUUUUGUCUUGACUUGGAUACCAAAAUAAAAUACCAUGAUACCUUUCAUGGUUUGUUGUUUUCUCAAUUAAAAGUAUUUUUAGAUUUUUGGAAUUUCAAGGAAGAAAAAAGUAAUACAUGUGAUUUGGAUUUUGUUAUUCGAAGAAAACAUUUGACGGAGUCUGUAAAGAACGAAGGGGAAAAUAGGGGAAUAGAAGAUAUUGAAAUUUUCGCUCCUCGAUUAGAGUAUUAUGGUAAAACGGUUAACGGAGCAAUGGAAUUGUAUAUGAAGGAACGUGGUGCUAUUUCAAAUUUAAUUUUACGUUCUCAAGCGUAUGAUUCUCGUGUGGUUCCCCGUGAAGGUCAGGUUGAAAUUCGGGUGAGAGCAAUUGGAUUAAAUUUUCGUGAUGUUUUAAAUGUUAUGGGAUUAUAUCCUGGGGAUCCUGGUCCUUUGGGUGCCGAUGUUUCUGGUGUUGUUGUGGCAGUUGGGGAUAACGUGACUCAUUUGACGGUGGGGGAUGCUGUUUUUGGUAUAGCUCCAGGUUGUUUGAAAACAUUUGUAACAACGGAUGCAAACUUAAUAAGACGAAUGCCUAAAAAUUUGAGUUUUGCUUGUGCCGCAGCUAUGCCUGUGGUAGGAGUGACGGUAAAUUUAACAAUGUCUUAUUUAGCCAAUGUAAAACAAGGAGACAAGGUGUUAAUCCAUGCGGCUACAGGGGGUGUAGGGCUUGUUGCAGUACAAUAUUGUCUACGAGUAGGAGCGACUGUGUAUGCUACCGUUGGAAGUCCUGAAAAAGAAAAGUAUUUAAGGUCAUUGGGUAUACAAUACAUUACCAGUUCUCGAAAUAUCGAUAAGUUUUCAAAAGAUAUGCAGUCCUUUGGGGUAAAUGAUGACAAGAAAAACGACACAUUACAAUUUGUGGAUGUUGUGUUAAAUUGCCUAGUUGGCUUUUUUAUAUCGGGUUCCUUGCGAUUUUUGAGAAAAGAGGGAUGCUUUUUGGAACUUGGUAAACGCCAAAUUUAUUCUGUAGAAACAAUGAAACACGAACGGCCUGACAUCCAUUAUCAUGUAGUGGCUUUAGAUGAUUUGAUAUCUUCUUCUCCGAAAUGGUUUGGUGAACAACUGGAUACACUUUGCGAGCAUAUGGAGGAAAAAACAUUAAAACCUUUGCCGGUUGAGAUUUUCAAUUUUAAGACAUCAGCGUUGGAUGGCUUUAGAAGACUACAACGAGCACAACAUAUUGGAAAAGUUGUGUUGCAAAAUACAGCCUGCUCUGAUUCAUUGAAAGAUGGAGGAAAUCAUAGCAGUGCAUUCAGUGAUUGUAUAGUGAUAACUGGAGGCUUAGGUCAGUUGGGAUUAGUCAUGACGCAAUUUUUCAUAGAGGAAGGAUUUCGACGUAUUAUUUUAUUAACAAGACAAACGUAUGAUUCAACUCAAAUUGAUUUUUUUUCUCAGUUUAAACCACAAAUUCAUAUUGAGGUGUGUACAUGUGAUGUUACAUCUCAAAAAGAAGUCUUUGAAGCAUUUGAGGAUUGGAAAACGAAAGGUUAUUGUAUAAGAGGUGUAGUUCAUUGUGCUGGAGUUUUGAAAGAUGAAUCCAUCCAAUCAGCAUUAUGGGAAAAUACACAAAAGGUUAUGGAACCUAAAGUUGCUGGUGCUUGGAAUUUACAUCUUGCAUGUCAACAAUUCAAUAUUGAGGAUUCACUCUUAUUUUUUAUAGUUUUUUCGUCAGUCACAAGUGUUUUAGGAAAUUAUCAUCAAAGCACAUAUGCUGCAGCUAAUAAUUUUUUAGAUACUUUUGCGCAAUAUCGAAAGUCACUUGAUUUAACGUGUCUCUCUAUCCAAUGGGGUCCAUGGAUUGAACAAGGAAUGGCAUCCAAUUUAAGUAAAAUUUUGAAACAAAGCGGCUUAUGCGGAAUAACAAAUGAACUGGGACUGCGUGUAUUUCAUGAUUUAGUUUUGGAAACAAUAGAAAUCAAAUACCCUACUCGAAAAUCAGUUCAGGGCUCUAUUGGUGACGAUUCUCAAGAAAAUUCCUCAUUACCUAUGGGAGAGAAAAAAAAUUUAUCUUCUUUAAUUUUAUGUCAAAAUUUUCACUGGGUGUCAUUUUUGAAUCGCUACGAUAAUGGCGUUCCUUUAUUUUUUGAACGAGUGAAAAUGGAACAAAGAGUUUGUAACAACGCUGUAGUGGAUAUUUUUAGAGCCAUGGAUUCUAAAAAACGUCGUGAAUUCGUUAUGAGUCAUGUAACAUCGUGUGCUCAACAAAUACUUGGUACCAGUACAACAUUGUCUUUUGAUGCACCAUUGCAUGAAUUAGGAGUUGAUUCACUUGCUGCCGUCGAAUUCCGAAAUCUCCUUUGUAUGCAAUUAGGUGUCAAGCUGAGCGCUACAGCCUUAUUCGAUUAUCCUACCCUUAAUAAUAUAGCAGAUUAUACGGUCGACAUUCUUUCGGAAGAUUUAGAAAAAAAAUUAGUUUUGGAAAAAAAGCAAACAAAUGAAAAGCAGUUAAAUACGAUGACACUAUCAAAGGAUUCUUAUGACAUCAUGUCUCCCUCUUUACAUGUGAAGCAAACAAAUUCAAAAGAGGAAACGUUAGCUGUGGUUUCUCUUGCUUGCCGUGUUCCGGGCCCAUCGGGUAAUACAGGAAAUGCAUUUUUCAAUAAUUUACAAAAAGGUAUUGAUUGUAUAAGUAGAAUACCUUCCCGGCGGUGGAAUUGUGAUAAAUAUUAUGACGCGGACGCGGAUACGCCGAAAAAAUGUUAUGUACGACAUGGGGGUUUUAUAAAUCAAAUCGAUCAGUUUGAUUCUACCUAUUUUGAUUUGGAUACUGUCCAAGUGAAAGCUAUGGAUCCUCAACAAAGAAUUAUGUUAGAAAUCGCGGCGGAAACAUUUUAUAAUGCACACGUACUUUCCUCGUAUAUGUUGAAUGAAAAUGGAAGUCGAACUCUUCAAUUAAUGAAUGCAAAGAAAAAAAGAAAACAAUUUGUUGGGGUAUUUAUAGGUUCAUCUAAUAAUGACUGGCAGUGGGUUCAGCAAUUGAAUUCGCUUAACGUUUUCUCAAAUGGAGGAGGCUCGAAUUGUUUAAUUGCUAAUCGAAUAUCUCAUGUUUUCGGCUUAACAGGACCGUCCAUUAUGAUAGACACAGCAUGUUCAUCAUCUUUAGUAGCAUUAGAUUUAGCUCGUACGUUUUGUUUGAAUACUAAAGAAAACGAUGGUGCUUUUGUUGGAGGCGUUAAUUUAAUGUUAACCCCUCAUGUUUUCAUAUCAUUAUGUAAAGCUCGCAUGUUAUCAAGGGAUGGCCGCUGUAAAUCGUUUGACAAUGCAGCAGAUGGUUAUGGGCGUGGGGAAGGUGCUGGUGGGAUUUAUCUUCUACCUUUGGAGAGUGCUAGAAAUGAUCGACAUUUCAUUUAUGCUGUUUUAAAAAGUACUGCAAUCAAACAUUCAGGACAAAUUGAUACAAUCACUCCUCCUAAAUGUUCCGCUCAAACAGAUGUUAUUUUGAAAGCACUGGUUACAGCGAGAAAGACACCAGAUGAGAUAACAUUAGUAGAAACACAUGGCCUUGGCACACAAAUAGGAGAUCCUAUAGAAAUUGCAGCAUUGCAAAAUGUUUUCAAAUCGGGUCACCAAUUGCCCGUGUCACCAUUUCUAGGUGCUGUUAAAAGCAAUAUUGGGCAUUCUGAGGGUGCAGCAGGAAUUAUAUCGUUUGUUAAAACAUGUUUAGUUCUUUCCAAAAUGAUCAUACCGCCAAAUCUUUAUUUUUAUAAAUUAAACCAACAUAUAGAAAUUGAUAAAGAUGUAUGGUGUCCUAUUUUUCCAGAAAAGUGUUAUUUUUUAGAUACGAAAGAUGAACCUGUAGUGGCAUCCGUGAAUGCAUUCGGAUUUGGAGGAACGUACGCCCACGCUGUUGUGGAGCAAACACCUUUAUGGUUUAGGAUGGCGUUAGAACAAACAAAAGAGUGUUUGCACCCUAUACAAAUAAGCGAGACAACAUCAACAAAACCAUCUUCUUUAGCGUCCUCGUCAUCAGUAUUAUUACAGGGAAAAAAAACAAAAAUUUCCAAAAAAAUUGUAUUUAUUUUCACUGGACAAGGAGCACAGUAUCACAAAAUGGGUCAAGUAUUUUUUGAACAAGAGCCAGUAUACCGUAAAGCAUUUUUGUAUUGCAGUAAAAUAGCAUUACCACAUUUAGGCAUUGGGUUAGAAACAAUUGUAUACGAUAAUAACGACCAAUUAAACUUGACAAUUUAUAGUCAACCAGCGAUUUUCGCUUUAGAGUAUGCAUUAAGUGAAUUGUGGAAAAGCAAAGGGAUCAAACCUACAGUGGUACUUGGGCAUAGCUUAGGAGAGUAUGCUGCUGCGGUAUAUGUUGGUGUUAUGUCAGUAGAAGAAGCUAUGUAUUUGAUAAUUUGUAGAGCGCGAUUAGUGUGUCAAAUACCCAAUGAAAGGCAUGUCAUGGUAGCUUGUCGCGCGACACCACAACAAGCGGAAAUCGUUUUACGUCAUUUAAAUAAAAAAGAGUUGGCAAGAAGUGUGGGAAUCGGAGCAAUCAAUGGUCCUAAAAGUAUUGUAUUGUCUGGAAAAAAAAAUGAAGUACAACGAGUGGUUCACGAAUUGCAUUUAUCCAACCCAGUGAAAUACUUACCAGUAUCUUAUGCGUUCCAUUCACCUUUAAUGAAAACAAGUGGAAUCGUAGAUGAGUUUUUACGUAUUUUGCAAAAAGAUGUCACUUUUCAUCCAAUAGCAUCCGAUAUUAUUUUUGUUUCCACUGUAACAGGGCAAGUCGCUUCAAAUAAAACAUUACAGGAUCCCCAGUAUUGGGCAUGCCAUAUUGCAAAGCCGACUUUAUUCUAUGAAGGAAUUGUGACUGCACAUCAAUUAGGAGGGACAACGUUUGUAGAACUUGGACCAAAAUCAACAUUAACACCAUUAGCUUAUCAAUGUCUACAACAUGUUUUAGUGAAGAAACAUUCACCACUUGAGUUUUAUACAUCUAUCAAUACACAUUACGGGAAUGAAAAACAAAUAUUAAUAUUUCAUAAAGUUGUGAGAUGUGUAACAGAAAACCAGGGUGCUCUUGAGAUAAGAAAAGAACAACAGUCUCGUGAAGAAAUUUCACUACAGAAAAAUGCGGGUGAAGCGGAAGCUGAUUGUACUGCGACAAAAGAGACUUAUUGUACUGAAAAAAAAGAUGACGUUUUUCCUGAUAUAAAAGAAGACAAGGGACGGAGUAUGAAAAUGGAGGGUACUUCAGCAUUAGAGAAUGAUGAUGCAAAAAUAAAACAAGAGCAUAGUUCCGCGGUAAAAGAAAAUGGGAUACUGUUACCGCCUUCGCCUAUGGUAUUUGAAAGACAGACUUUCGCGUGGGUUCCUUUGCAACAUCCAUUGUUAGUUACGCAGAUACAAGUAGGUCAAGGAGUCGUGUAUUCAGGAACUUUGGGAGUCGACUUUCAAAAGUUUGUGGAAGAUUUCUCAAUAGGACAUAUUCCAUUGUGUCCUUCGUCGUUUCUUUUAGAAAUUAUGGCAUCUGCGGUAGACAGACAAUUGAUUCAUCAUAAUUGUCGUUGGAUAGAUUCUAAGCAAGUGGUUCUUUUGCAGAAUAUUAUUUUCACGUUACCCUUGUUUACUCUUCCACAUGUGCUUGAAACAAAUCAGGCUGAAUUUUUCGUGCAUGUCACACCAAUUUGUCGUGAACCAACAACACAGUGCUCAAAUAUAUUUAAUGAUAAAGAAUUUUCUCUAGUUUUGCGGUCAACAUCGGGUCAUUAUAUUUUAAGCGGUGAGGAAGUGACACCUUUUUCUAAUUUACCAUCCACGGUAAAACACGCUUGCUGUGAAAGCGGAAAAUAUGUUGGAAAAACAGAUUUGGAAAUAAGCCAAAAUGAUUUUAUCGCAAUUCAAAAACAAUGUACAGAGGAAAUAAAAAAUAAGAAUGACUUUUAUAGUUUUUUAUAUGACAACGACUAUGGAUGCUCUAAUCAAUUUCAAACCGUUACAGAAAUACAAUUAUCAAAAGACAAACGAUCAGCCUAUGGCUACAUUCAAUCAAAUGAAACUGAUAUAUUUUUAGAAUCUGGAUGUCGUGUAAGUGGAAUAGUAUUGAAUAGUGGUUUUCAAAUAGCAUCAUUUUUACUUUGUUGUUUAUUAAAACCAAAUAAACCUUGGGUUCCCACAGUAAUAGAGUCUGCCUUGGUAGGAGUACAACCAGUGCCCUCUUUUUCCUCUACACAACUAGUUGUUGGUGUUACUUUAAAACAAGUGGCUUUGGACAAAAUGACUUUCAAUAUUUAUAUAGGAUAUCUUUCGGAAUCUCAAAAGAAAAAGCUACGGCAACCAUGGGUAGAUUGUGAUACACAGUGUGUAUUGAACAACAAUUGUUUUCCUACACUUUUUACAUCCCUUUUAAAAGUUGAUUUCAAACCAUUCCAGCUGAUGAACUUCUUUCGACCACCGCAAAUCCUUUUAUCGCAUGUAAAAUGGGAAGAAUGUUGUAUGAUUGCCAGCGAGCUUUCAAAUCAUUCUUCGGAUUUACAAUUGAAAAGCUCUACAGGUUGUGCGGUGUCGCCUAGUGAGUUAUUCGACAAGACGACAUCAGGUGUUGUGGAUUUACACGGACAAGAAAUGGUGACUGAUAAUGUUUUAACAGAAAGUAUGGCGGAGGUGGCCUUACAUAAGGAAGAUCAGAGUUCUGUUCAUUUAAAGUCUUUUGUUUGGGUCGUUGGUGAAAAUAAUAUAGAAAACAUGGCAACAGUAUCUGGCGAAACGAUACAGUAUAAAGCUUUUGAGGACGUUUCACAGCUUGUCGAGUAUAUCGAAGAAGAUAUUUUACCAACAACUCCUUUACAGGAACCAUCUCGUUUCAUCAAUACAUACGGUCAAUGUAGUUUUGAAAUAUUUUAUUGUACCAUGUUAAAAGAAAAAAAUGAUUCUCGAAGGUUGUGGAAUUGUAUAAACGAGUUGUCAACAUUAGGGGUUUUUUUGAAAAAAGUGAUAAAUGAUUUUUUCUCACCAAAUGUAUUCGUUUUUACACGUGAAUGUCAAAGAGGAAAUAUUAUCAAUAAUAGUUCUCCUCCACUGUUCGCUAGUAUAUGGGGAUACGUUCGAGUGAUGCGUUUAGAACUGGAAUGUUUACUUCAGAAAAAAAUGGGUUUUCAUUGUAUUGAUGUGCAAGAAAGUUUUUCAACAUUAAUUCACUUCAAAGAAGUAUGUAAAAAAUUGUUGGAAAUGAGACAGUUAAUGGAUAGAGAAAAAUCUUACAAUUUUUUGUAUCAAGAAAAGGAUACAGUUGUUAAAUUUGUUACGACCACAGGUGCAUUAUCACCUUGUUUUUAUGUUGCUCGGACAUAUCCUAUUCAUCUUAUGCUUAAAGGGGCAUGCGAAGCAAAAUUGAAUAAAUUAGGUUCAUUAGAGUCAUUGUCGGUACGGUUUGCCAGACGCGAAAAGAAUUGUUUCUUGAAGCAACAAGUGUCUUGUAAAUUAAACCAUGACAACAUUAGCCAUUCACAAAAUAGGAUUUCAUUAGAAAAAAAUUGGUGCGAAAUACGAGUGUAUGCUAUUGGUGUAGAUUACAGGGAUAUUGAAAAUAUUUAUGAUAAACGUACCGUAUCAUUAGGCAGUGAUUUCGCUGGAGUCGUUAUUUCAGUUGAUGCCGAUGUGACACAUAUUAAAGUAGGAGAUUCCGUGUUUGGUAUCUCUACGGAAUCAUUGUCAACCUUUUGUAAAACGUCCGCUAACCUUGUUCAACCUCUUCCUAAAAGAAUGUCUUUUGAACAGGCAGCCGUUCUUCCUAGUCUCAGUAUUCUUUUAUAUCAUGGGCUGUAUUCUGUGGCUAAAUUAAACAAUAAACAUACAGUAUUGAUUCAUGACUGUUGUGGAAUGUUAGGUGAUGUUGCGAUACAUUUGUGUCAAUGGGCUAAUGCAGCCAUGUAUAUAACAGUCAGCGAUUCAGUCACUUAUGAAGUGUAUGCAUCUAAAAACAUAAAAAAUGUUGUCAAAUUAUAUGAUCCUGAUAAUGUAAAAACGUUUUUAGAAAUGUAUAAAAGAAAAAACAACAUUUCAGUUCUUCUCAAUUGUUCAAUGCUCCCAAUACCAGACAUUCUUAUGGAUUUGUUUAAACCAUCUUCAAAUACUUGCAAAAAAUGUUAUUUUCUUCAAUUCAACUCAACUACGACUCAAUUCAAUACUUUCACAUACCCUAAUGUUGCGACUCACUACCUUAAUUUUCAAAAUCUAUGGGAACAGCUUCCUGAGAAUGUGUGUGAUAUUUUUGAAAAAAUUAGCAGGAAUCCUGCAUUUAUAGAUCACGCAGAAAUAAAUCGUUUCAAAUUAUGUCUUCAUCAUUCUGGUAUAUAUAAAGCUGUUGACUUGCUAAAAGAGAAAAAAUUACAAAACAAAAUUGUGCUUACGUUGCCUAAUUGCUUCCAAGAUUUAACGAAUAUUGUUGAAAAAAAAUAUGAUAAAAAUGCAAAAGAAUUUUCGGUAUUGGAAAAUCUUACUCUUUUAGUCAUAGGGAACAUAACUUGUUUUGUUAAAUUACUCUUAGAAUGGCUUCUUUUUGAAAAUUGCGCUUGUGUUGUUUUUGUAUCGAUUUCGCAAAAGAAUGAAUUAAGUCAUUUUCAAAUUUCAGAAAAUUUCGUAAAGUACGGUAGGCUAGUCGAAAUAAAAUGCGACAUAACAGACCCAAAUGCAGUCAAAAAUCUUUUAAAUGAAUUCUCUAAUAGUGAAAUGUUCCCGCCAUUAAAAGGUAUUUUAUAUAUUCCCGUAGAUGUGGUUGACAAAGAAACUGUAAUUCGGAAGGAAGGUGAAAUGUAUCGAUUAAUCGAAUCAAAUUUAGUUGGUGCUUGGAACAUUCAUAAUACUUUAAAUGGGAGCAAUAUGGAAAAACAACUUGAAUGGUUUAUUAUUUUUACCUCAUCGUUUACACAAAGUGGACAUUUUAAAAAAAUAAGCUCCGCAAUGACAACGUCUGGAAUGAACGCUCUAGUCGCUUAUAGACAGGCAAAAGGAUUACCGGCACAAAGUGUUGAAUGGGCCACUCACCUUCUAACAAAGCAAGUACUAGAGUUCAAUAGUUCAUAUUUAGAAAAUUCUCCUGAUAUUCGGAAACAAGGUCAACAUAAUCUUUUUUCAAAACUAACUAACGAUUUGGUCAUGCGUGUGUUAUAUGAAGUAUUUCAAAGCCCAGUACAAAAAGAGAGCAGUGAGACGAGGCAAAAUGGUGAAAAAAAACAUUGUGAUGAAAAUACGUCGUUUGAGGAAAAUGAGAAUUCAGUAUUUGCUACAGAUCCACCUUACGCCUCUAGUCUUCCAUUGAAUGUUAACGUUGGGGCUAUAAAUUGGUGGAGUGCGUUAAAUGUUUCUGAAGGAAUAAAAUUUUUUUAUUCGGUUCUGUUAAAAGAAGAGUUCAAUGGUGCUAAUAAUAGUGGUAUUUGUCUUCCAAUGGAAACUCGUGAGUUAACUCGCCGUGUAGAAAGUUAUAUGGAUCAAAUAAAAUGUCAAUCAACAAGCGAUCGUGAAAUGUUUGUGACCGAGAAAAUAAUUCAAUUAGUUUGUUUCUUUCAUCAAGACGAGUUUUUUGAAUUCUCUGUGAAUAGUGAUACUUUAAAUGUACCCAUUGCACAUCUUGGAUUUGAUUCGCUAAACAUCAUCGAAUUCCACAACAUAGUGGAACUUGUUUUUGGUAUACGAUUGAAGCUGACAUGGUUUUUUGAAUAUCCAACCUUAUGUGAAAUAAUUGAACAUAUCAUAAUAGGAAUCGAACAAACUAUUGAAGAAUGCAAAUUAGGAGAAUUGACACUGAUGGAAAUUUCAAGUCAUCUUUUAUUGUUGCGAAACACAUGUUUAUUCCCUAGCAAUACUUCUUCUUCAACUUGCCUGCCUCAUCAUUUAAAAGUGUCCAAUCAACUUAACGGAACAAUGUCGUUUGAAUCUACAUCAAGAUCUGUUUCAGUAUGUACAGAACCAAUGUCGGUAUCAUUUCCAGUGAUGGUAUCACAAACACUUUCUUCCAACUCGACUUUAACAGGAAUGAAUGAAGACGGUUUCGCCCAACCGUUAGUCAAUCUAUCAAAUACCGUUUCUUCAGUUUAUCGUAAAGAUGUGGCAAUAAUUGGUGCAGGCCUAUUGUUUCCAAAACAAUGCUCGACAAUGGCACAGUUUUGGAAUAUGUUAGUUGCUGGUGAAGACUGUACAUCCGAAAUACCACUCUCGCGCUUUGAUAUAUCUUGCCAUUAUAAUCCAGAUCCAGAUGUUCAAAAUAGUAUUUGGGUAAAAUACGGAGGUUUUGUUGAAUAUGGUUGUAUUGAACGGUUUGAUCACGCAACAUUCAAUAUUUCUUCAGCGGAAGUUGUGUGUAUGGAUCCUCAGCAACGUGUAGUACUUUGCUGUACUUCGAAAGCUUUAGCAGAUGCAAACUUAGACCGUCAAGAACUAAUGAAUACAAUGACUGGCGUGUUCAUUGGUUGCUGUAAUUUCGAUUGGUACUUUGUUAGCCAGCAUCGUGCUUCACCGUUUUCUGGAACAGGCGCUUCAGGUUCUCUUGUAUCAAAUCGUGUUUCAUAUGUUUUUGGUUUAAAAGGACCAAGCUUUUCCAUUGACACAGCUUGUUCAUCCUCAUUAAUUGCAGUUGAUAAUGCUGUAGAAAAAUUAAAUUUAGGGUUAUGUAGUCGAGCUGUUGCGGGUGGAGUUAAUUUGAUGUUAACGUCUCACUUAUUUGCUAGUUUCACUAAAGCUCGUAUGUUAGCUCCUGACGGUCGUUGUAAAACAUUUGACAGACGAGCCAACGGAUAUGCUAGAGGUGAAGGUGCCGGUGUUGUCAUACUUGAGUUGGCAGAAACAAUUCAAACAUCUGGCCGAAAAGUAUGGGGAAUCAUUAAAGGCACUGCAGUCAACCAUGAUGGUCGCUCGGCAAGCUUAAUUGCUCCCAACGGUCCAGCACAACAAGAUGUCAUCCGUUCUGCACUAAGAAAAGCACAACUGACUCCAAAACAUAUUAUGUAUGUGGAAGCACAUGGAACUGGAACUUCUCUAGGAGAUCCAAUCGAAAUUGGAGGGUUAAAAGCUGUUUUUGAUCGACGUGACGUUCCUUUACUAAUUGGAGCACUUAAACCAAAUAUUGGUCAUGCUGAGGGAGCAGCUGGUAUAGCAGGUCUUUUAAAACUUUGCUUAUGUUUAACAUAUGGAUUUUGUCCUCCAACAAUUCAUUUCACACAACUGAAUCCAUUAAUAGAUUUAAGUAAUUUCAAGGCAGUUUGUCCGCCAACAAUGCUUACAGAAAUUUCAACACUUUCUGGUUCACGUCGUUAUGGAGGUGUUAGUGCUUUUGGAUUUGGUGGGGCAAAUUGUCAUGUUAUUUUAAGUAAUCCAACAGUCUAUAAUCAAAAAGAAAACGAUAGCUUGCCUCAACAAGCUGAAAAAAAAUUUGAGUGCAUGUUGGCAAAUGACGUGAAUACAUCUAAUGAGAAACUUGCAAGUAAAAGCAAUAUUUUGCCAAAAGUCUCCCUAGAAGCUUCAGUCUGCCAUGAGGAAGGUGGUACAGAUGUCACGAUGACUGGAAAAAAUUCAGUCACGCAUUAUUUUCAAAUUGCACAACCGUGUCACCCUCUGGUAGGAAGAAGAAUAUCACAAGAUGCUUUUGACGUGGAAGCUGGUCGAACGUGCAGUACAGCACAUUUCUUGUGGAAUGUACGUCAAGAUACAUACAUAACACUCUUUGAGGAUCAUAAAAUAUAUACAAAUGUAGUAGCACCAGCUGCAUUAUUAUUAGAAAGUUUAGCAGCAUGUGCAUCAACUGUUAGCUCAAGAUUAACUGAUUUUUCUGGAUUCACAAAACGGGAUGUGCAAGUUUUAUUAAAUAAUGUUACAUUUGAGUCUCCAGCUGUUAUUUUUCCGCCUCCAGACGAUCGAACUGAUCUUGGGCAACAGUUAUUCUGUGUGUCUUUUGUAAGAGAUGAAAAAGAUUCAAUGAACUCUGUUAGUGGCAGUAUUUCUUCAUUGUCUUCUUCUUCCCAACCCGCGUAUCCAUUAACAAAUAAUGAUGUGGAUAAGUUAGACUUAGUUGUGAAUUGUCGCGUUGCUUCAGUGCAACUAGGUCAUACAUUGUCUGAUUCAUUAUUAAGCAAAUUGGGCUUCACAGAAAAUUCACCUAAUGAUGUUUUACAAGAAGUCAAAAAAUUAUGCUCUCAUGAUGUUCAUGUACCAUUACUGUAUAGUUCAAUGGCUUCAGUGGGUUUGCAUUAUGGAGAAAGGUAUCAACGGAUAUCUGAAUUGCAUGUGGGGGAUGACAUUGCCGUCAUUCGUUUAAGUCUUGGUUCUCCCAAAACACCGAAUUCAUUGUUAAGCUCUGCAGAAGCCGGUCUACGAUUGCAUCCUGCCAUUUUAGAUGGUGCUUUUCAAGCAGCUGCAGCUAUUCUUACCUAUAAGUACGAAAAGGAUAAAAAAAUUGAAGGAGUUCAAGAUGCCAAAAAUGAAGAAAAAGCAAUUUGUAAAGCAUGGCGUUUUCAGAAGGCUAUGGUACCAGUGUCAAUAGAAUCAGCUUUAAUGUUAAGUCAUCGUAUGGUUUCUCAAGAUUUUUGGGCACUGAUUAAAUUAAGAGAAUGCGAUGAAAAACUACGUUUCGCCUUUAUUGAUGUUGUGAUUUUUCAAAAAAACAAUGCAUGCGUCGCUGAGUUGAAAUGGGUAAAGCUCCAGCGUGUUGAAUUCAAACAAUCGGUUAAAAUACCAUCUCAUUUGUUAUGGAAUUUAUUAUGGAAAACUAUAAAUCUCUCGUCUGUGUGUCAUAAAAAAAUAGAUGAAGUUCCAUCACAAAGUGCGGUAGAAACUGAAAAAAAAGUAAUGAUCAUUACGGAUACCAUGACAACGUUAGAUUUUACGUUACUUUCCGAAUUGACUCAAAAUACAUGUGCUUUUGAGAAAGUGACUUCUGAUGAAUUGUGUGAUCGAUUGCAAAAAAAAGAGUUUGAUACACCAACGACUGUUAUCUUCCUGGAUGCCGCUUUAGAUGUUGUGUAUGCAAAUAAGGAAAAUUUUAGUGUUAAAAAUUUAACGGAUUCUUUUGAAUCAAAUAAUAGCAUUAGGGCUUCGACAAAAGGCUUGAACAUUCUAGACACAAUCUGUAAAAUUACAAAAAGUUUAUUAAAACAACUAAAACAUUCUCGACAAUCCAACUCUAUUCUUUCCUCUUCAUUUUGGUUUAUAACAUCUAGUUGUCAGUCACCCAAUAUAACAUCUACAUCCGGUAUACCUUAUCAUGGAGGUAUUUGGGGUUUUUUGCAAGCCGCUAAAUUGGAAAUGGAAAUGUCAGUUGGGCGGUCCGUUCGUCUCUCUUAUAUUGACGUUCCUGAUAAAGUAGCAAACAAUUCUUUACAAUUAAUUUAUAUUGUAGUUUCAACCAUAUUACUAACGGGUUCAUGGGGACACGAUUUCGAUACGUGUCGAGAACUGGUCUUAGCUUUGGAAAACAAAGAGCAAAGAAAAGUUUUGACUACAACAGAAAAUCAGGCUUGUUUGAAAAGUGAAGUUUCCUCUGAAACUCAGACUGCUUUAAAUCAUCAGAAAGAUUUAGAGUGUCAGACUUGUUUGAAUGGGGCAAACGAUCCUAUAAUGACAAUCGAUUUGCAAAAAGGUGUGAAACCAGUCAUGGAAAAAGAAAAUGAGUUAACUAGUCCUAUACUUCUAACGUCAGAAUAUCAACAUUUGUUUCCAAUGUUUGAAACACAUUGUUUACGCCUAAUGAAACCCGUCAUCAACAAACCACAAGACAAUGUGACUAUUUGUGGUUCUGUUGAAUUAUUAAUGCGUGAAAGAGGAGCUUUAAGUAAUUUAUCCUUAAUACCCCAACCUGAUGAUGAUUGUUUAACACCAUUACCAGAUGGGUUUUGUCGAAUUCGGAUGCGUGCGGUUGGUCUGAAUUUCCGUGAUGUUUUAAAUGUGAUGGGUUUAUACCCUGGAGAUCCCGGUCCGCCAGGUGGAGACUUUUCAGGAACUGUUUUAGGUUUAGGAAAAAAUGUUAAACAUUUAAAAGUGGGGGACGCUGUUUUCGGUAUAGCACCAGGAUGUUUAAAAACUUAUUUAGUAACUGAUGCCGAGCUAGUUCGUAAAAUGCCUUUAAAUGCCACAUUUGCACAAGCAGCAGCAUUACCUGUAGUAACCGUUACAGUCGAUUAUUCUUUAUGUGAAUUAGCCAAAAUUCAAGAAAACCAAAAGGUUUUGAUUCAUGCUGCUACUGGAGGUGUUGGUCUUGUGGCUAUUGAUUAUUGUAAACGGUGUCAUGCUGAUGCAAUCUGCACAGUCGGAAGUGAAGCUAAAUCUAAGUAUCUUUCAGAAACUUUAGGCAUUCAACAUAUUGCAAGUUCACGUGAUGCUGUGUUGUUCGCUCAACAAAUGAAUCAAUACGUUAAAAAACAUGGCUUAAUUGACGUCGUUUUAAAUAGUUUGUCAAAUGAUUAUAUAACAGAAUCAUUAAACGUGCUAAAACCAGGUGGAGUGUUUAUAGAAUUAGGAAAAAGAGAUAUAUUAACACACGAUAGAAUGAAGCAAUUACGUCCUGAUGUUAUUUAUCAUACAGUGGCUAUUGAUCUUAUGUUAGAGGAAAAUCCGCGAUGGUUUGGAGAUUGCCUUGAAUCGAUUGCUGCGCAAGUAGAAAAAAAUUUUAUUUCGUUGCUACCUUGCACAUUAUUCAAUUUAAGGAAUAAAGAAAACGGUGCAAUCAGUGCUUUCAGAUAUCUACAACGUGCACAGCAUAUUGGUAAAGUUGUGAUUGUCAAUCCAGCAUUUGCAGAUGGCUCUCUACUAGAAAAUGGAGCAUAUGUGGAGAAUCAAUUACAGGUAACCAAUGGGUUGCAAAGAGAAUCUACAAUACGGGAAAACUUGGAGAAAGAAACGCCAAUGAAUAUUCCACUGAUUCCAAAAGUCAAUAAUGCAUGUUAUAUCAUUUUUGGUGGAAUGGGUGCUCUUGGUUCAGUUAUGAAAAACUGGUUAAUUCAUGAAGGUGUUAAUACUAUUGUCUUAGUAUCCAGGCAUGUUCACGUUUUACAAGAUUUAAAACAACAUGAUUCCCGAGAGACAUUCAACACGAGUCAAUAUUCGCUUUGGUUACCACCUUAUACAAAAAGCGCCACAAUUUCAAAUGACACUUCCGUUAUCAAUGUGUAUUGUGUUCCGUGUGAUGCAAGUUCUUUACAACAAGUCAUUCAUUUCUUUCAAGAGACUUUAAUGAAAAAACUAAAUCUUUGUAAUAUAACAGGAAUUAUUCAUGCUGCAGGCGUCCUUUGCGAUCGUAAUUUAUUAGAUAUGCACUAUGAAGAAUUACAGGCUUGUUAUGCUGCUAAAGUGGAUGUUUUAUGGAAUAUAUCUUAUGCGUGUGAAUUACUUAAAAUUCAAUUAAAAUCAUUUAUUGUUUUUUCAUCCAUUUCUGGAGUUCUUGGAAAUAUCGGCCAGUGUAAUUAUGCAGCAGCUAAUUCAUGUAUAGAUGCACUGGUACGUUAUCGACGUUCACGAGGUUUACCAGGUCAAUCAAUUCAAUGGGGGGCUUGGACUGAUCAAGGUAUGGCGGUUAAAAUAAGACAUUUACUUGGUUCAGCUGGAAUGCAAGGAAUAUCGAAUAAUUUAGCCAAAAGAGUUGUUUGUGAUGUUUGUGUUUUAUAUACAAACAUUACUGAAAUCAUGUGUGAAGCAUUUUUAUGGUCAACAUUUUUGGAACGAUACGUAGAAAUUCCAAGCUUUUUAUCCGAUUUACAUACACAAGUCUGUAAUAUAACACAACAAGAUACAGUGAAUGAAAUUUUAAAAACUCUGACAUUGGAACAAGUGGAUGGUUUUAUAGAGAAAGUUGUCGAGGAAACAGUUUUAGAAAUCUUGGGUGUAUCACAAUUACCUUCAAUGUCUGCACCGUUACAAGACUUGGGUAUCGAUUCAUUGGGUGCUGUUGAGUUACGUAAUACGUUGGCAAGAAAACUAGGCAUUCGUAUUCCCACAACGGCUUUAUUUGAUUAUCCAACAUUAAAUGAUUUAAAUAAUUAUCUAGCAUCACAGGUUCGUAUUGCAUUGCAACGUGAACCCGAAACUUGUAAAAAAGAUUUAAAUGAUUGUGAAGAAAAAGUGUAUUUCAAACCUCCAACAUUAUCUACACGUUAUGAAAAUUAUGCUAUUAUUGGUGCAAGCUGCCGACUUCCUUCAUCUUGUUAUACAUUGCCAGAGUUUUGGGAUAUGCUCACUAAGGGUUCCGAUUGUAUGCGAUCCGUUCCUUUAACACGUUGGAAUAAUAUAUAUGCAUCAGCCUAUUUGAAAGAAACGGAAUCAUUGAAUAUACAAUUACAAGCUGGUUUCGUCGACGAUAUUGAUAUGUUUCCCGCGGGUUAUUUUUCACUCUCUACAGCUGAGGUUCAAAGUAUGGAUCCGCAACAACGUGUUAUGUUAGAUGUUUCAGCACAAGCAUUUAGUCAAGCUGGAUACCAUAAAGCUUGUUUAAUUGGAAAAAAAAUUUCAGUUAUUAUAGGCUGUUCUAGUUCCGAUUGGCAUUUUAUAUCAACAAUGUCUUCUUCAAUUCAAACAUCCACAUUUAGUGGAACAGGCGGUGCCAUGUCGUUAAUUUCGAAUCGUGUUUCUUACGCAUUUGGUUUAAAAGGAUCAAGUCUUACUAUUGAUACCGCAUGUUCCUCUUCAUUAGUAGCUUUACAUUCAGCAUUGAAUUUCCUAAAAUUAGGUCAAGUGGCAGGUGCAUUAGUUGGUGGCGUUAACUUAAUGUUAGCUCCUGAAACUUUUGUAGUUUUGUCUAAAGCCAGAAUGCUUUCGGUAACGUCGCGUUGUCGUACAUUUGAUGCCAGUGCAGAUGGAUAUGCUCGGGGCGAAGGAUCGGGUGCUUUAUUUCUCGUACCCUUUAGUCCUGAAAUUAAUCGUAACGUUUUGGCUAUUGUAAAGAGCUGUACUGUGAAUCAUGAUGGACGUUCAGCGAGUUUAACAGCACCGAAUGGACCAGCACAAAAAGACGUUAUAAUGAAUGCUUUACACGAAGCGCAAAUUCAGCCAAAUGAUAUCACUUACAUUGAGUGUCAUGGAACUGGUACAUUGUUAGGUGAUCCUAUCGAAGUGGGUGCUUUGAAAAGCGUAUUUGGAAAUAAAAGGCAUAUACCCUUGAUUCUGGGUGCUUUAAAAACAAAUAUUGGUCAUUUAGAAGCAGCGUCUGGUAUAGCGAGUAUUUUGAAAGUAAUACUAUCCUUACAGCAUGCAGCUGUUCCGCCAAAUUUGCAUUUUGAAAAAUGGAAUCCACACAUAGAUAAAAAAGAUUUCUCGAUUGUUCUUCCUAAGAAAGGUUUGCACAAUUUACAAUCCACCACGAGUCAAACACAAAUUUUAGCUGGUGUUAGUUCUUUUGGUUUUGGUGGAACAAACGCUCAUGCUAUUUUUGAAGUAUCAAAAACGUUUCAUACAAAAUUUCUUAACAAGGAAAAAGAGAAAAUUGUUUUUAUUUGUACUGGACAAGGAUCACAACAUAUAGGGAUGGGUCAAGAACUUUAUCAAAAACAACCUGUUUUUCGUAAAGUCAUCCAACAGUGUCAUACUCUUAUUUCGCGUCAUCAAAUUUUACCUUAUUCGUUACUAGACGUUUUUUUAAAAACGCCUGAGAAAAUUAAAGAUAAAACAAGUAGCGAUAAAACGUCCAAUUCCGAUAGUCCGUGUUUAAGUAAUACCUUAUACUCUCAACCCUUAUUGUUUGUAGUACAAUAUGCCUUUACUGAACUUUUAAAAGAAUGGGAUAUUCAACCUGAUAUUAUUAUAGGUCACAGUCUUGGAGAAUAUCUUGCUGCAUUACUUUCAGGUGUUUGGACCCUAGAUGUUGCAUUGCAAAUGGUGUGUGUUCGUGCUAAAGCGUUAGCGGAAGUACCUUCAAAUAAUGGAGUGAUGGUGGUUACACGUUUAAGUGAAGAGGAAGUUUGUACAGGGCUAAAAAAGUUAAAGGAAAACAAUCAAGACAUGUCGCAGAUUGGUAUUGCAGCUGUCAAUGGCAUUAAAAGUAUUACACUUUCGGGUAGUCGUUCCUGUAUAGAGGCAUUUAUUAAACAAGAAAAAAUUGAAUCAGUAAAAUAUCUCCCUGUAUCUCAUGCGUUCCAUUCCCCUAUGAUUUCUGACGCUGUACCAAAAAUUUAUAAAGCUGCUUCAAAGAUUUCAAUGAGAUUGCCAUCUAAACAGCCGUGUUGGGUGUCUACAGUAUCGGGGUGUGUCGCAUCUUCAGAUGUCAUAAGCCCAUCGUAUUGGGCACAGCAUGUUGUCAAAACAGUUCGUUUUAAUGAUGCAUUACAAUGUGCAUUAAAACAUUUAAAAGGUUCGGUUUUCAUUGAAAUAAGUCCCAAGCCUAUAUUAAAACAUUUAAUUCAACAAGCAUUUCUAAAUGAAAAAAUGGGAGACGAUUUCCUCUCGUUAACUUUGUUAGAAGAUAAUGUUUCAGAAGUUAAAUCCUUCUUUGAAACUAUAGAACAAAUUUACCGAAGAGUUAAACCUCCUUUAAAAUGCAUUCGACAAUCUUUUCCAUGGGUUAUUUUACAACAUCCUUUACUUGGCACGUAUUCUUCUCAUCAAAAAAGAUUUAUUCAAAAACCUUUUCUCAAAACAAAAAAAACGCGAGAUAUUGUCAGCGCUUUAGAAUCUUUCGUUGAAUCUUUUCAAAUGAAAAAUACAAUCCUAUCCCAUUCCGAAAAUCCGUUGUUAAAUGACAGUUGUUUGAGUCAUGGUAUUUCACCUACAGAAAAAACUAUGGUUUUUCCGAUGGUAUUAUUAUUAGAUGCUGUUGUUGUAGCUCAAUUUGCACUUUUAGACGGUCAUUGUUCUAGUAGUGUGGUUUGUUUUGAUAUGAUUGAUUUUAUUGCCGCAUUAAGUUGGAAACAUACCGAGUCUUUGGAAUUAACAACUAUGGUUGAAUGUGAAAAAUUUGACUCUAACACGAUUAUACAAUUUAUCAGUUCUCAGGAAAAUAUUGACGAAGAAAAAGUUCAUAUUAAAAGCCGUAUAGAUCAAAUCAUUCCACAACAUGUCUUUGUUGAAUCGUGUAAAAAAGAAAAAAAUUUUUUAUCUUCUAUUGAAAAAUUUGAAGAAAGCUCAACUUUGUUGUAUUCGAAUGAUGACUUUCAUAGGGCUUAUGAAAAUAUGUAUAAUGAUUUUGAAUCUUUUAAAAACUCGUUUCUUAGUAAUUCAACUACAGAAAGCAUUUACGCAAAUUAUUCGUCUUGGUACUUAAAACCUAAUAAACUCUUUACUGGAGUCCAGGAAGUUCGUAAAAAAAAUACUAGUCAUAAUAGUUUUACUACGGAAGUUUUUGUGACUAUGCAACCAACGCGCCAAAUAUCCAAUAAAACGGAUCCAGAACUUUCUUACCGCAUACAUCCUGUUGUGUUACAAUCAGUGUUUCAAGUCACUUUUGUGUUAUUAAAUGAUCUGAAAUGUGAGUUUCCCUUCAUCCCAACCUUUAUACAACGAGCUCAAGUAGGAAUUGUUGCUUAUGUUUCGCAUAUCUAUGCUCAUAUACAAAUGUCCGUACAAAGUACGAAUCCUGACGAUAAGCCGUGUACAGUGUUAGUUACUGUGUCAUUAUUCAAUCAAGAUAAAAUUAUUUUUGCUCGUUUCACAAAUAUUCUAUUUACAUCUAACAAGCCUAAAUAUCAGGAAACGUUACCAAGGAAUUUAACCUGGAGUAUUCAAUGGGUCAAUUCAAAGGUUUCUCUUCAAAAAGAAGAAAAAUUUUUACAAAAUAUUUCUAGAUCUUCCAGUAAAGGAGAUAACAUUUUAACCACACUUUCAUUAUCAACAAUGUCACAAAUCAUUGUCACUCCUCGUCCAACUCAGGAUGACAGUGAUAAAUGUAUGAGCCCCUUAUUGAUAGUGGGAAACUUAAACACGUAUCCUACAUUUGAAAAUCAACUUAAACAGUGUUUUUCAUUUAGUCAUUCAGAAAAACCUUGUUAUACGAUGAUAUCUUCUUUAGUAGAAAUGCAGUCAUCUUCUAGUAGGAAAAAACUGCUAAAUGAAAUAUCUUGGAAUGUUAUAUGGAAUUUGACUCCAUUAAUGGCUUCAGUUAAUAUAACACAACUUUUACAAGAAAUAAACAUUUUGAUUGAAAAUCUCCAGUCGCGAGACGAUGACUGUGUUCUUAUUACAGUAACAAGUGGAUCUCCUCUACCUUUUUCCUCCUUUAAAGAUUCGAAAUCCGCAAUGAAUAAUUAUUCUGAGGAUAAUAAUUUCUCUAUAAGAUUUCAGUUACUAAUGGGUUACUUGAAAAGUUUCUUGUGUGUAUCCACUAAAGAAACGCAGUCUAAUCCAAAUAUUUUGUGUGUAGACGUAGAUCACAAAACUCUUAAUCAGGGAGAAUCUCUUAAAUAUCAAAUAGAUCUUGCUCUAGCUUAUUAUCAGCUUCAGCGUUCUCAAACUUCUCAUAGGUCUUAUGAUAAUUUUCUAAUUAUUCGUAGCAAAGAAGAUAUCGAGACAGGAUCUCAACAGUAUGAAAUUUAUGUUCCGCGCUUUGUUCAUGGCAAUAUGGAUUAUUCUGAUCCUAUUAAAAUACAAAUCUACCCGUUCCCAAAACCUUACUUUUAUAUUCAGCCUGAUAUGUUACAAGACGAUUCCGCGACAAGUCUCUUUAAUUAUAAUUCUCUUAACGAAAAACCAUUAUGUCAAAUUCGCGUUCACGCUUUUUCCGUUUCCACGACAUUCAGCACUAAUCAAGAAGCUAGUCAACUUUGUUCGCAAUCAAACGUUUCACAGCGUUUUUUCACAACACGAUUUAUUGGAGUGGCUGGAAUUUGUGUCAAGAACCAGGGAGGCGUACUUCACAUCGGAGACAACGUUUACGGUUUGGCAGAAAACAAUGUUGGAACAUUGUGUACUCUUUUUGAAGACGCCGUGCACAGCAUUCCUCAAACCAUUCUGAAUUUUGAACAGGCUGCUUGGAUCGCGUUACCUUUAGCUGUUGUUGAGUAUCUCUUUUAUGAUCUUUGGCACUUUGAAACGGUCUCUACACUUAACACGACUGAGAGUAGACGCGAGGAUAUUACUGCAAUCCAUACUAAUUUUCUAAGUGAUAUGGUUAUUUGGAUCCAUGAUAUAUUAAGUGGCUAUGGUCGUUGUGCUUACGCAUACUGCCAAUGCAUUGGUGUUCCUCGCGUUUUUGUUUCAGUAAAUAACUUGGAAGAAAAAAUAGCAGCGGUCGCUUCAUUGAGUAUUCCCACUGAAAAUAUCAUAGUCUGUAACGAUGAAUUUUUAAAGAACAAAACCGUUAGAGACGAAAUCUUGAGUUCCAUAACACAUUUAUUUAGUGCAACAGAACUUAAAAGAAUGGAUGAUUUUUUAGAUCCAUUGAUUUCUGAACUUCAACUCAAAUCUUUUGUAUAUUUAGGUCAUGUGAAACAUGUCCGUAGACAUCAGAAAAACUUUACAGCUGUCAACAUUGAUCAAGUAUUAAAUAGUACUUUGUAUGAUGCUUUGAUAACUCGCGCUUGUUCACGAAAAGACAUUUUUGAAUUUUUAAAAAAAACAGUAGUUUCAACUAUGCCGGUUGAGUACAGCCCUUCAGUUCAGUCUCUAUUAAAUGAAGAUGGUAUCAAAGAAACAAUUAACCUUUCAAAUGCAUUCAAUACAGAUACUGUGUUAUGUCAAGCAUGUGCGAGUGACCCUUUUGUUAUGCAGUUACCAAGUUCCUUAACUGCCUCAGUGUCAAAGCAAAGUCAAUCCAAAAUGUUGCAACCAUUAGAGAGUCAAAAUUUAUAUCUAAUCUUUUAUCAUGAUGAGACAUCUGGUUCACUUUUGUGUGAAUGGUUGAUUGGAGAAGGUGCUUGUCAUAUUGCCAUGAUACCGUUUAAAAAGGAAAAAAAAUUAUCUACAAAAAUAAACCAAGGUGAUGAUCGUUCUUACAGUACGCUCGAGAAAAACACGGUUUUUAGAUCAAAGCAAGUAAAUACAACUAUUGUCUCAACUCUAGAAUGGAACGUUUUAUGUGAAAAUGAGUUUUAUUUGGUAAUGAAAGCUUUUUUAUCACAACAUUCACAACUCAGCUUAACAGGAGUCUUUAUUUUUUCGCCUUGCUUAACUGAUUUAAAAAGUCAACAUAUGGAGACAUUCUCUGAAUUUGUUGACAUACCAGAAACGAUUAAAUGUAUUCUGACAGUAUCUAAUGUGAUACAUAAAAUAGAGCACGAAACUCAAAUUUUUCUUGAGCAUUUUAUUGUUUUCUCAUCAAUCACAUCAGGUUUAAGGGUGCCCGAUUCAUCCUUACACAGUGGUUUAUGUGGUGUCUUUGAUUAUAUAAUUGAUAAGCGUCGUGUUGAAGGUCUCCGCGGACUUUGUGUACAAUGGGGAUUCUGGUUGAAUUCCACAUGCCAAAUCUUUCAAAAUAAACUUAACAAAAUUGGUUUACCAUGUCUUUCAACUCGUACAGUUAAGCGUUUGUUUUACAGUUUGAUGAAGGCGAGCGUUAAAAAUGAAAAAAAUUUAUUACUAUGUCAAUGUAUUUCUUGGACAUAUUUCCUGUUAUUUUUUCCGUCGUCCCAUCCUUUUCUAAAUUGUCUAUUUUUACCAAAUCAUGAUUAUUUUAAUUCUAUUGACGUAAAAAAUUUAACACAUGCUGAAUUUGUGUGUGUUUUAUGUUCCAUUGCUAAAACAGUUUCAGGAUGUUGUAUGACCAUUGAAGGAACCACGCAUUUAAUGGAUAUUGAUUUUGAUUCACUUUCAGGCCUUGAAUUUCAAAAUAUUAUUUUAGAUAUCACCGGAAUUGAUAUUCCACAAACACGUGUGUUCGAUAAUCCUACGAUUAACGCAUUAGCUGACUAUAUAAUUCAUGAAUUGAACGACAAGAAACCAUUACCUUCUUCUUCUUCUAAUUUAAGUUAUUUAAAAGAAGAAGAAAGAAGAGAAAAAAUGGAUACUAUAUCGGGUUUCGUAAAAUUCGCACUGCCGGAUAAUAGCAACGCCAAUCAUUAUAGUGAUCUGUUACAACAAACUUAUAUAUGUUACGAAGAUUUCAUAAAGGAAAAAUACAUUGACCAAGCUCUUCAAGAUAUUCUUCAUUUAAAAAAAGAUUGCGAUGAAUAUCAUAUUUUGUUAAAAAAUUGGGAAAAAUGUCAAAACAAAAUUUCCACAUCUAGUAGAGUUAUAAAACAGCAAGAAGACGGAAUUUCGUUUGACAAGAAUUGUGUAUCAAAAAAAGAAAAAACAAACAAUAACUCAACUCGACGCUUACGCCAUACAAGACAAAAACAAUAUGAUCCUUGGGUUGAUGUUGAAACGUUUUGUAAUACUUUUAAAAUCAAUAUAAAACAACUCAAAGCAGCCGUAUGUGCUCAGGAUAUUCAACAUGUAUUAUUGACAGGUGUAACGGGAUUUGUUGGAAGAUUUCAAUUAUAUAGUUUAUUACAUUUACAAAAUAAAGAUGAUAUUAUUAUACAUUGUCUUGUAAGAGGCGAAACAAUAGAGGAUGGAAUGAAUCGUUUACGAUCUGCAUGUCAAGAAGCGUUUCAUUGGGAGACAUCUUUUGAAAAACGCAUACGAAUACAUUUAGGGGAUUUUUCAAAAUAUCAGUUAGGAUUAGACAAUGAAACAUAUCAAUCUCUUGUAGAGACUAUUGAUAUAAUUUAUCACACUGGGGGUAAUGUGAAUUUAUUAUGCGGUUAUUCUCGUUUACGAGAUACAAAUUUCCUUUCCGUUCAAUAUAUAAUUGAUUUAGCGUGUACUUGUCGGUUGAAACCUAUUCAUUUUACAUCUACUUUAGGACAAUAUCCUUCAUUUUUCAGUCUUUUUACUGAAGCAUAUAAAAAUGAUAUUAUUACAGAAGAUAUAUAUCUUUCAAAAAAAAAUUUACUGGAAACGUUCCCACCACAAAGACAAGGAUAUCCAUGGAGUAAAUGGGCUGCAGAACAAUUAUUACAUCAUGCAGCCAAACAACAGUUACCAAUUGUCAUUUACAGAUUGCCAAAUAUGUACAUUUCUCAUUUAAGUGGUUACACAAAUUUAACAGAUUAUGUUGCUGCUUUUUUCUUAACUUGCAUCCAAGAAGGAAUGCUUGUUCUCGGUGCCACAACAGCACCGCUAACCCCGGUAGAUACUAUAGCUGAUAUGAUCAUCAAAAGAUCCUUCUUAGAUCAACCAAAACAUUGGCAAUAUAACUUAAUGGAUACACGAGUUCUAACAACUGAAAUGAUUAUUGAAUGGUCUAAGGAAUUAGGAAUCAAUUUAACUCCUGUUUCUUUUGAUACUUUUUUGAAAGCUAUACGGAAAAGAGGACCAUCGUCACCUAUUUUUCGUUUUGUACCAUUAAUGCAAUAUUGGAGAAAGUAUUGGUUUGAUACAUCGGAUGUUCAUAAUACACAUCAUCCAGUCCAUUCGAAACGUAUUUUUGAAGAUUUACCUUCAAUAGUGUGGCCUGAUAUGAAGGAAACAUUUUUCCGUUCUUUUAUGUACUGUAUGCAACAAAAAGCGUUGCCCUCCUAUUCCUUAGCGUUAACAACGGAUAUUAAUGCAUCCAAAAAUUAUGCAAUGGAUAUAACGCAAAUAUCUGAUUUCGGAAAAUCGGAAGAGUAUCUUUUAACCGGCAUACAAAUGUUUCAAAAAACUUUAUUCAAAGAAUGUCAACCAACGUUUGCUGGAAUUUUAUCUUUACACCAUACAACACGACAAUAUGCUAUUAAUCUGUUAGCUAUGCAAGAGUGUGAACGCCUGUAUCCAGAAAUUAUGCAACAAAACCUUUCUCCAAUUAUUUUUAUAUGUGGAUUGAACCGUUCUGGUACAACACUUUUGCAAAAUCUUUUCAGUUUACAUUCAGAACAUCGUACACUUCGUGCAUGUGAAAUGAUUGCACCUUAUGGAAAAGAUGGCAAAUAUCGACCUCGUCAUUUACCUAAUUGGAUUCAUAAUGAAGAAUGGUCUCAUGAUCCUCGUGUAUCCUUUACACAACAACAUCUUGAUUUACAAUUAGCUAAUAAUGAAGCAUGGAAUGCUAUGCAUGCUCAAAAAGCUUAUUAUGUAGAAGAAGACUUUAUUAUUUUUGAGCAUUGUGGAAGAUCCUAUAGUAUGGCGUCAGCUUUCGGAUCCGCUACAUAUCGUAAUUGGAUUUUUCAAAAUAAUUGUGAACAACUGGAAACAGUUUAUGAAUUUCACUGUCGUUUUUUAAAACAUCUUCAAUGGCAACGUUCUGCAAAAAGAUGGAUUUUGAAAAUGCCAUUUCAUUUAUUUACUUUAGAAGCACUUUUCAAAACAUAUCCAAAUGCGCAUAUUGUUUUCAUGCAUCGUGACCCCACAGAAGUCCUGGUUUCAUGGUGUUCCUUAGUUCAGUGCGCAAGACAAGCUUUAUGUGAGAAAUACGAUCCAUUAAAUAUAGGAAAGGAAGAACUCCAAUCAAUGGCGUCUAUGAUGUCUAAAGCUUUGUCUUUUAGAAAAGCUAAUCCUCAUUUAUCAAAUCGUUUUAUUGAUGUUCAAUAUUCAGAGCUUAUAAAAAAACCGGCGACAACUCUUCAAAAAAUUUAUCAACAGCUUACUAUUCCUUUUACUCCCCACGUACAAAAAAACAUCAAUUCUUAUUUAUUAAAGAACAAUGAAAAACGAAAGCUUUUAUUACGUAAACAAUGCCAGUUACAAGAUUUUCACUUGGACACUGCCCAAAUCAAGCAAGCUUUCGCAGAUUAUUAUCUCUCUAACUUUCUACAAGAACAAUAGUAGUUGUACUAAUAAGAUAUUACUUUAAUAUAUAUUUAUUUUCAUAAUUUUAUAUUUACAUUCACAAUAAUAUUUGUUUUAAUAAACUGUUACUUUAAUAUAUAUUUAUUUUCAUAAUUUCAUUUUACAUUCACGAGUUUUAAAUAAAAUAAAAAACAAUAAACGCAGUUUAAAAUUAUUUAACAAAUGACAGUAACGUUUUUUUUUUCAUA